GACAGGGAAAACCUAAAGAAAGCUGGGGGCGUUCGACUGGGUCUCACCAAAGCGAUGGGACAAGAGGUCGAAACUGAGGUCCCUAGGGCAGCAGAGGCCGGCUUAUAUACAUGGGGAGAUAAGGGCAGGCUGUGCGCACUGGUCCGUGCGCAGCUGGUCCGUGCACAGCAUGCUGACGCGGCCCCGGGGGCCGGUGAGUCAGAG